UCUGUCAUCUGUCACUGUCAGUCAUCAAUUGUUUUGUUUAUAUUUUUCGUUCGUGGCUGUAUAUUCGCUACAUUUCUUUAAAAUUUAGUAUUUUCAGCAUGAAAAACACUAAUUUAUCUAACUAAUUUUAACAAUUGAUAAAAGUAAAAUGCGUAAAGAAGAAGAUACGUUAAAUUUAAUUGUUUAUGUGGCAAUAGGAGCAACUUUUGUACAGUUCCUAUCAGGAACCCUAGUUUGCAAGCAGUAUGUGGUCAACCGGUCCACAGGAGAUGCCUCCCCGUUGCCUUUCAUCAGUGCAAUCGCCUCGUGUGCAGUUUGGCUGCUGUAUGGAUUUGUCAAGUCGGAUGCCAAUUUAAUUUGCAUCAAUAUUAUUGGUAUUACCCUGAUGGUAAUCUACACCGUAGUAUUUUAUUUAUAUGCUCAGAAGAAGCGCAGUGUGAUAAAACAAGCUGUACUUCUAUUGAUAUUCCUCAUGACAGUCACUGAAUAUACAAUAGUCGACACUAACUAUUUUAGAGUGAAAGACAAUUUAGGUAUAUUAGCAUGUGUGCUGACUCUGUUCACUAUCGGCGCUCCACUAUCCAAGUUGUUGCAUGUGAUACAUGUUCAAAACACUGAGUGUCUCCCUUUCCCCAUGAUACUGAUGUCAUUCAUUGUAUGCACCAUGUGGUAUAUGUAUGGAAAACUAAUUGACGAUAUGUUUAUACAGUUGCCGAAUUUCCUGGGUGGCCUCAUAGCAGCGUUCCAGCUACUGUUGUUCGUAGUGUACCCCUCCAAGGCCUCUGCUUCGGCUUCAUCCACUUCACUUAUAUGACUUGGGCAGGUACCCCUUAAAUUAUUGCUGCAUUCAGUAUUCACUUAUGUACUUACCUUUUAAUUUAAAUACGUCAGGAAAAGAUCUCUCUAAUAAAUUUGAGUAUUUAAGUGCGCGUAGGUAGUGAUAAAAUACUAGUGCUAUGUUGAUAAGAUUGUGUUCAAUGACCAGUCAAUUAAGUUAAAAAUAGUCCAGUUAAAUAAACAUGACUUAAGCCUAUGUUUAUUCCAUGGUUGUGAAAAGUUUUACUGUAAACUUUUAGUUUCCAGAAUAUCAUCAUUUGCCAAUUAAUGCGUCAACUACCAGUUGGGCAUAGGACUAUGCCCAGUAGUUUUUAGGAGACUCCUAUGAUUGCACCUUGCACCCCGUGGUAGGCCUUUUGGACGAUUAUUGGCUGAUGAUGAUGAUUAUUUUGCUUCUCCGAUUUUGUUUCUCGUACUUGUCAAUCGUUGCUUUAAGUAGCCUAUCAAAAUGGGGCAUUGAAUGUUCAAAUAAUAAGUAUUAUAAAAAUAUGUUAUCGCAUUAUGAAGUAAAAAAUACGAGUGCUGUAUUAGAUAAUAUAAUAUUUAUUUUUAUUACGAUGUCAAUAAAUUAUGUUUCUACGACGAUAAUCGUGCCUACGAUGAAAAUAACAGACUCCAAAAGGUAUUUUAAAUAUCACUGUUUUAAAGUCGUUAGUUAAACAAAAAAUAUAUAAUUUAU